UCCGCUUUCACAAUCCUUUUAUCUCCUCACGAAUUUCAAAACCCUAGAAAUCUCUGAAACCCUAAUUUUCUCUCCAAUGGCUUCUUCUUCUUCGCUUCUCUGCUGCCAUUGCCGCUCCUCGUUCUCAGCUCCCAAGCCCUCUCUCUCCUCUCCGAGGAGGAAUUGGGGCAGCCAGCGCCUGGGGUUUAAGUGCUCCUCGUCGAGAUUUCCUCAAUUGGAAUCUGAGAAGGAACAGGAGAAGAGCUCAUUUGGUCUCAAAGAGUGUGCAUUUUCCCUAGCCCUAGCAAUUGGAUUGGUUACGGGUAUUCCUCAUUUGGAUUGGGAUGCACAUGCAUCGCCAGGACCUGUACUGCCUGAUCUUGCAGUACUGAUAUCUGGGCCACCUAUUAAAGAUCCAGGUGCAUUGUUAAGAUAUGCAUUGCCUAUUGAUAAUAAGGCCAUCAGGGAAGUCCAAAAGCCGCUUGAGGAUAUCACUGAUAGUCUGAAAAUUUCUGGAGUCAAGGCUUUAGAUUUAGUUGAGCGAAAUCUGAGGCAGUCUUCUCGUGCACUCAGCCAGGGGAGAACUAUGAUUCUGUCAGGUGUUGCUGAAUCAAAAAGAGCAAAUGGACAGGAACUGCUGGACAAGUUGGAAGUUGGAAUGGAGGAGCUUCAGCGUAUUGUUGAGGAUAGAAAUAGGGAUGCAGUAGCCCCUAAGCAAAAGGAGCUUCUUCAAUAUGUUGGAGCUGUUGAAGAGGACAUGGUGGAUGGUUUCCCCUACGAAGUGCCUGAAGAGUACAAAGACAUGCCACUUUUGAAAGGGAGGGCAACUGUAGAUAUGAAGGUUAAAAUUAAGGACAAUCCUAACAUACAAGACUGUGUUUUCCGGAUUGUUCUGGAUGGGUACAACGCCCCGGUGACAGCAGGGAACUUUGUCGAUUUAGUGGAGAGGCAUUUCUAUGAUGGCAUGGAAAUUCAAAGAGCUGAUGGCUUUGUUGUUCAAACUGGAGAUCCUGAGGGCCCUGCAGAGGGUUUCAUUGAUCCAAGUACAGAAAAAAUACGGACAAUACCUUUAGAGAUCAUGGUCACUGGUGAUAAAGCUCCUGUCUAUGGUGAAACACUGGAAGAGCUUGGACGAUACAAAGCACAAACACGGCUUCCUUUCAAUGCAUUUGGGACUAUGGCGAUGGCUAGAGAUGAGUUUGAAGAUAAUUCAGCUUCCAGCCAAGUGUUCUGGCUUCUCAAAGAAAGUGAACUGACCCCAAGCAAUGCAAAUAUCCUUGAUGGGCGAUAUGCAGUGUUUGGAUAUGUCACAGAGAAUGAGGAUUACUUAGCAGAUCUCAAGGUGGGGGACGUUAUUGAAUCGAUUCAGGUUGUCUCUGGCCUUGAAAACCUUGCCAAUCCAAGCUACAAAAUUGCAGGCUAAGUUAAGCUGUAUAUUAGCUAUUGUUCAUGUCUUUUAGAGCGUCCAUUUUUUGUCAUCAGUUUGAAAAUGUCUGUUAGGUCUGCUGUUUAUUAGUUGUUAUUUUGCACUUGAGGAAUAAAAUAAUGUUACUCGUGGGAGUUCCAGUUGGAAAUCUUCAUUUAUUGAACUUCUGGAUGUUAAUUAUGUA